AUUAGGCCCAUAAAAGUUGCCAAUAUCUUGACCUAACCCUCCUCAAUUGGCAUUCACUCUGCAUCUCCUCCGACUCGCGGCUCAGAGCUAGGGUUUUGGGAACUUCACGGCCAUGGGGAAAGGAACGGGCAGCUUUGGGAAGAGGAGGAACAAGACGCACGUACUGUGUGUGAGGUGCGGCCGCCGCAGCUUCCACGUUCAGAAGAGCCGAUGCUCCGCCUGUGCGUUCCCAGCCGCUCGCAUAAGAAAGUACAAUUGGAGCAUAAAGGCGAUCCGCAGAAAGACCACUGGCACGGGACGAAUGAGGUAUCUUCGCCACGUGCCCCGCAGAUUCAAGACUAACUUCAGAGAAGGUAGCGAAGCUGCACCAAGGAAGAAGGCCUCUGCCUCUUCUUAAAGGCAGAGCUUGAGGGUGCUCGACGUUGAAUGAACAUUUCGUUGGUAUGUUUAUCUGGGCGCAAGAACGACGGUUUGUUUGCCACUGCAGGGGCAAUCUUACCUUACCUAUUUGAGAAUUUAGUUUCAAUUCCAAUUUUGUUACUCUCCCUUAUGAUGUUGACAUUUUGAUCAGUGUGUUUUGAAAGAUCAUUACUGAAUCUCCUUUACUCUUCUUUCUGAUGUUGAAAUUUCGUUUUUAAGUA